UCCCCGGAGGAGCCUCGGCCUCGCCAUGGUGUCCUGGAUCAUCUCGCGGCUGGUGGUGCUGGUUUUUGGCACCCUGUAUCCUGCAUACUCUUCUUACAAAGCUGUGAAGACGAAAAAUGUGAAGGAAUACGUCAAGUGGAUGAUGUAUUGGAUUGUGUUUGCCUUCUUCACCACAGCAGAGACACUGACAGACAUUAUUCUCUCUUGGUUUCCCUUUUAUUUCGAACUGAAAAUCGCAUUUGUGAUCUGGCUGCUCUCUCCUUACACCAAGGGUUCCAGUGUCCUCUACAGGAAGUUUGUUCACCCAACGCUCUCCAAUAAGGAGAAGGAAAUUGACGAGUAUAUCAGCCAGGCCCGUGACAGGAGUUAUGAAACUAUGAUGCGAGUUGGCAAGCGAGGAUUAAAUUUGGCAGCAAAUGCAGCAGUUACUGCAGCUGCAAAGGGCCAGGGAGUUUUGUCUGAAAAACUACGGAGUUUCAGCAUGCAGGACUUGACUUUGAUUCGAGAUGAUGACACCGUGCACUUGCGGAGCCCUGAGCCACAUAUGCGUACCUCUGCUGCUGGCCUUCUUGAAACUAUUGAUGAUUCAGGUGCAUCAUGUUAUUCUUCAUCAGAGGAGAUGACACUAACACAGAGACAAAAUGGAGCCCAGUCUGAUGCCAGAACGGACCCAUCAGAUGAUGAUACAGGAGACAAAGUUCCCAAGAGGACCCAGAGCCUUAAAGCUCCAAAGAAAGUGACAAAGACUGAGCCCCCACAAAAAACUGUGAAAGCCCGCCCUAAGAAGAAAGUUGUACCCUCUAACACUGCUGGCGAGUCAGCCUAAGGAAAACCCAGUCUGUCUGUCCCAGGGCAAUUCUGUCAUUUCAAGGGGCACUCUCCAAGGAAAGGGAGCUGAGAUCAUGUACAUAACAGCUACUGCUUUGUAGAGCUUAUUCCAAGGCAAGAGGGUGACUGAAA